AGCGCAGCAACGGCAGCCCAAGUUGAGUGCCAGGCAGCGUGGUGCAGGCCGAGCGCAGCGCCCGCAGGGGGAGGCUGGGAGCGGGUCUCCCCGGCUGAGAGCGCGCCUGCUGGCGCUGCUGCUGCUGCUCCCCAGCUCUGGGUUUGCGUGUGCUUGACGGGUGCCCGCACUCACCUCAGGGCGCGGGUCAGCCGGGGCCACAGUCGAGGGAGCGCCGCCGCCGCCGCCCGAGGUCCCGGGAGAAACGGCUCCGGGGCGCGCGCGCCAGCGGCAUCGCACGGCUCGAGGCGCCCUAGCCGGGGGGAUGUCCCCCUGCCGGCUCGGCGGCGACUAGUCCGGCCGCUUCGUGCAUGGCACAGCUAUGGAGGUGGUGGACGAGACGGAGGCUCUGCAGCGCUUCUUCGAAGGUCAUGAUAUUAAUGGAGCUCUUGAACCAUCAAACAUUGAUACCAGCAUCUUGGAAGAAUACAUUGGCAAGGAGGACUCACCGGAUAUUUCUGAUUUGGACUCCAUCUCUGACAUCCCAGCCUCAGCCAGCUACCCUCAUGCCCAGCCGUCCAACUCUGUCAAUGUCAAUGCAUCUGUCUCUACUGUUGGUCAUAUGACUAAUGCUGCAUCCAGUGGUUCCCUCCAUCAUGGUGCUGCAAGCACUCAAGUCCCAGUCCGGCAUGGCCUUCUCAAUGGCCCUUCAGGUGGCCAAGUUCCAAUCCGGCACGGUCCCCCAUUGCCCAAUCCAUGUGGACCCAGCUACAGUGCUCACCUCAACUGCAAUAACAACAAUGGCAUGGUGGUGCCCAAGGGAUAUCUUGGGGGCCACUGCUUGACCAGCAUUGCCCCUCCAAUCAAAUCAGAACUCAAGGCCUCCUAUGCACCAGGCACUUUACCUGACUCUCCCCCGGACUCUGGAUCAGAGGCAUACUCCCCCCAGCAGGUGAAUGAUCCUCACCUCCUCCGAACCAUGACUCCUGAGAAUAUGUGUCAUAUGACUCCCCCCUCCCGGUUGGAACAUCCCCCCCCCCCACCGCCCCCACCCCCCCCUCCCCCACCCCACCUCCAGGGGCCGCCACCGCCACCACUGCCACCUCACGCACACCAGCAGCAACACAACCAUCACUAUCCCAGCAUGCAGCGGGACAUGUACAUGAAGGCUGAGCCUCUGAUGCCACAGUUCACUAUUGGACAGGGCAUGUCACCUGGGGAUCUCCACCACGCCCAGCAGUCACAGAUGCUUCACCAGCUACUGCAGCAGCAUGGAGCAGACCUUCCCGUGCACCCUGCCAAGAAGAGGAAACAUUCAGAGUCUCCCCCAAAUACUCUCAAUGCCCAGAUGCUCAAUGGGAUGAUAAAGCAGGAGCCAGGAACUGGGUCUGUGCCUCUCAACCCUGACAGAGUACAGACGCCUCCCUGGCACCAGCAGGGGGCACUUUCACCAGGUCUGAUUCAAGACAGUGACAGUUUGAAUGGCUCCUACCUGGAUCCCAACUACCAGUCUAUAAAAUGGCAGCCACAUCAGCAGAAUAAGUGGGCAACUCUGUAUGAUGCUAACUACAAGGAGCUACCGAUGCCGACUUACCGGGUCGAUGCAGAUAAAGGUUUCAACUUCUCUGUGGGCGAUGAUGCUUUUGUAUGCCAAAAGAAAAAUCACUUCCAAGUCACGGUCUAUAUUGGCAUGAUUGGCGAUCCAAAGUAUGUCAAGACUCCGGAAGGCCUGAAGCCACUUGAAUGCUUCUAUCUGAAACUGCAUGGUGUGAAGCUGGAGGCUUUGAACCAGUCAAUCAACAUAGAACAGUCGCAGUCUGACCGCAGCAAACGGCCUUUUAAUCCUGUGAUGGUCAAUUUGCCUCCAGAGCAAGUUACAAAGGUCACGGUGGGGCGGUUGCACUUCAGCGAGACCACAGCCAAUAACAUGAGGAAGAAGGGCAAGCCCAAUCCUGAUCAGAGGUACUUCAUGUUGGUUGUGGCCUUGCAAGCUCAUGCCCAGAACCAGAAUUACACUCUGGCUGCUCACAUCUCUGAGCGCAUCAUUGUUAGACAAAGGGCCGGUUCGGGGGUAAAACACAAACAGAGGGCGGACGGGGACCCCGGAGUCUGCAGACAAGCCUCCAACCCAGGUCAGUUUGAGAGUGACAGUGAUGUGCUCUGGCAGCGUGCUCAACUCCCUGACACUGUCUUUCACCACGGCCGCGUUGGCAUCAACACGGACCGCCCUGAUGAAGCCUUGGUUGUCCAUGGAAAUGUAAAAAUCAUGGGAUCCCUCAUGCACCCAUCAGACAUCCGAGUAAAAGAUGAUAUCCAGGAGGUGGAUACCACAGAACAGCUGAAGAGAAUAUCUCGUAUGCGACUGGUGCACUAUAAUUAUAAGCCAGAGUUCGCUGACACUGUAGGCCUGGAGAACACGUCCGAAACAGGUGUCAUUGCUCAAGAGGUGCGAGAGAUUCUCCCAGAAGCAGUGAAAGAUACUGGGGAUGUUGUCUUUACUGGUGGGAAAACCAUAGAAAACUUCCUAGUGGUGAAUAAGGAACGUAUUUUUAUGGAAAACGUGGGAGCUGUGAAGGAGCUUUGCAAGCUCACAGACAACCUGGAGACCCGGAUUGAUGAACUGGAGAGGUGGAGUCAUAAACUUGCCAAGCUCAAACGCCUGGACAGUAUGAAAUCAACAGUCAGCUCUGGAGCAUUCAGUCAAGCAGGAAGUCAGUUCAGUCGUGCAGGAAGCAUGCCACACAAGAAGAGGCCCCCCAAAAUAGCCAGCAAGGCUCCUUCUGUUGUCACGGACCAAGCUUGCAUCAGCCAACGUUUCUUGCAAGGCACCAUCAUUGCCCUGGUGAUCAUUAUGGCAUUUAGUGUUGUAUCCAUGUCUACCCUCUAUGUGCUAAGCUACCGCAACGAAGAGGAUAUUGUGGACAUUGAAGGUUCUUUUGCUGUGCCUCCCACUUGCCUUCUGGCUCUUUUUCGGCACAGAGGUCCUGGCGUCCCAGUCGCUCUCUGUCCACGGUCCAGUGCAAACAUGGAUAAGAAUCAGAUCAUGUUUUCCACGGCUGCCUCAUCACGCACACCUGAUGCUGCUUCCCCAUCACAGCACGCCGCAACACGCGUGCCCGACUCUCUCCAUGGCUCCUCUAUGCAUAGCAUAGUCAUCUGCUUCAACCCACCGUGUUUCUCCGUGUGCUGUUCUUCUGUUCCCAACGUGUCUUCUGCUGCAGCUUCUGAGGCUACCACCACAGUCGCCACCAACCGGACAGACCAAAGUCUCAUGUCACUCCUGCCAGUGACCAACAUUAAAGCCAAAUCGAGGGGAGUCACAAGCAAAGUGGCUUCCCACACCAAGUGGCCAAAGACCUCUGAGAGAUCACGGGGCUUUGGCAGCCCGAAUGCCAGCCCAUCCUCUCCCUUCACCCACAUCCAGGGCAAGUCCAAAUAUAUCUCCAACCUCCCUCUAACACACAACAGCUUCCCUCCUGGGCUGCCACGACAGCGGCGCAGCAUCAGCCAACCAGGGGCCAGGGAGGAGCUGCGUACAGAAAGCACCAAUCAGGAUGGAACAGCUCCAGUGCUCCAGUCCGUAUCCCUGGUGGAAAGUAACGUGGCCUUCAUACCCCAGGCUUGUGCUGCUGGCGAUGAAUGCAGGACAGGGAACAUCACUUACCGCAUCCCCAUCAGCAAAUUUACUUCAGUGAACACCAUCCUCACCUUGGAGAUGAAUGCUUCCUCUGCUGUGUCUGGCUAUUUUUGUGGUCUCACUUCCAGCGAUCCAUGUCAUCACACCACUGUGAACACAGACACCUUCUCUGAUGUAAUUGACACCCAGGCAGCAACGUACCACUGGCCCGUGGUGAUGAUGCCAUUCCAGGAGUUUACCUACCAUUUCCGAUUAGCUAGACCUGGCGAAGCUAACUGCAGUAGCACUGUGGAACAGAUGGGCUCUCUCUUUACUGACUAUUACUUCCAGUUCUACUGGCUGUGUGAGUGAGUCUCUGGAGCAUGGCUGCCCUUCGAAAGGAGCUGAAAUGGGCUCACAAGACCGACUGGACUGGAUGUUCUCUUCUAUGAACCCCAAGCCCUAUCCUGUUGCCUCUAAUCUGUAAGCCCUUCCCCUUUGGGCUUUGAGCUGGUUUGAUUCUUUUUUCCUAGUGGUGGGAUACUGACAUUAGAAUGUCAUGCAACUUUGGAGGAAUACUGCCACUAGCAAAACCUUGAAAUAUCAAGGCUUCCUUUUUCUUAUUCUACAAAAACUGGCAUUCCUUUUUUUUCUCUCUUUCUUACACUGGAUUUGAAAAUUCUACACUGGACCACAACUGGGUUCACUCUGUCUGGACCUCUCAGUACUGUAAAACAUGGCUUGGCUAGGAAUGGACCUCAAUGCCCAGAAAGCCACUGAAGCAGCUUUCAAAGACACUGACAUUUCUCAUGGGUGAUGCUCAGAGCCCUCUUCUGAGCUGAAACACUGGAUUCCUUUCUUUAAAGGAAUAUUCUGCUUGGAUGUGUUGCAAGUCAUACACUGGAGUUUCUGAUCUUCUGGCUGGCAGCUGGCCAUUUCUCUAAAUUUAUGCUCUGCAGACAGCCUGGCAACACUGGAACGCAGGAAUGACAGGCCAUUUCAAACAGCAGCAACCAGUGGAAAAGCUACGGGAUUUACCUCUGGCUUCUUCCGGCCUCUUGUUUUGCCAUAUAGUUACAUUCCAGGGAGAGCAAACCUCAAAAACCUCACAAAAGCAACUCUGCAAGUCUCAGGCAGACUAGUUUUGCUCCCAGUGUGCCUUCUAUUUUCAGGGCUAGUUCUGAAUAUGCUUCUCAAGAAGCUGUCUAGGAGUUGUAACCCCCCUCCCCUUGGAUUUGCUUGAGGAAACCAGUAACUGGGCUUGUGCCACUGAACUCUGCAGUGCUUCGGCUGUUAUAUGCACUGGAGCGAUUCUCUGAAGUCCCAUACAUCCAGAGCAGAAGAAAUGCAUUUGUCCCAAAGAGCAUGUGGCAAAGCCCUUGCUCAGCAUUCGCACUUUGUGCCAGAGGCUGAAGAGGAAGACCAUCAGAAGAGAUCUGCCAUACACGGAACAUCACCAGACUGAAUUUCUUUUUUAUCCUCAAGGGGUCUCUGUCAGACAACAGAACACUUUUUUUCCACUCCAAGCCUUGAGUCUCCUUGGAAUUCUGAGUAUAUUUUGAGUAAUUUACUGUUACAAGGUUUUAACGUGCUAAACCACUGAUCUUUUUUUUAAAAAAAAAAAACAGCUUGCUUAAUUAUUGAUCUAUUUGUCUCUCAUAGGAAACCAAAGUGGGCCAGUGCUGAGCACCAGCCUCACCCGGAGUCUGAACUGGGUGCCUAGAGGAGUUAAGGCAGAUGUACAAGCACAACCACCCUACCUGUCAGGUGUUUACCCUCCAUUCAAAGUGGGGGUGGGUUAGGUCAGAUUCCUGAUUUUUGCAAAAUGAAUCAGACUUCUAUAUAAGAGUGAGAACUUGGAGGAGGAAGGAAAGGAGAAAGAGAAAGCAAGGAGAGAAAAUAAAAUAGGAAGCUGCUAGAACUGCUCUGUGAUCCUGAAUAUAAUUAUAAAUACAAAAGUCCAUAGAUAAAACAUUCCCACCUUUGGCAUAUUUUAAUCUCCUAACACAAGCAGUUUUAAAUCGGGUUAUUAUAGUAAAAAGAUAAUGUUUUAUGGGAGGCUCUCAGUUGGUAGUUUGGUGUGUGCAUUUUAAUAUAUUGGUGGGAGAUAUUGUGGUGCCUGUAUUCAUGGAUGGAGCUGCCAUUUUCCUAUGUUGUCAUAUAGGCAAGUCCCACCCCUGACUAGCUUCUCUAGGACCAUCAGCAGUUCCACAUAUUUGAUGUUGUAAAGGUUUGUCCAUGUUACAGAUUUGCACUGACUGAAUUCUUAUCGUCUCUUCCUAGUGAAUCCUGAUAAUUGGUGUUCUCUAAGAAGAGUUAGGGAUUUUCUGAUAGAAAUUAUCCAGCACCCUCAACAAACGAGUUCCCAUGAUUCUUCAGAGGCCCUGUAGUAUCAAACUGGGCUAACUUGUGGUCACAUAAUAGAUACAGCUUCACUGUCAGUGUCCCAGUCAGGAAAACGACUAUCUUUCCUUAUGAGGCUGUAUAUAUUGAUCUCUCCUGAGCAGUCAUAAGGAAAAAUGGCAACUGGGACUAGGAGCAAAAGAGAGAGGCCCAAAGAUGUAGGCCAAGGAAGAGGUGGCGAUUUGGCAGCCCACUGGAGGGACUUUUGUGAAUCUGAUAGUGUCUCUUUGCUCUGGCCCGCAUAGGCCAUCGCAGAUGCACAGAAGCCCACUCACUAGCCUAGUCAGUCAUCUUAUACUUGGGGUGUAUGAGAAAUAUAUUUCUGCUCAUAAUCAUGCAAACAUGUCUUGUUCGCUGUUCCGAACUCAGAUGCAGGUAAGAGUAAUUUUUCCCAAGAAAUGUUAGCAAAUUUCCAAAUGUGUAACUGCAUUUGAACAGUAAUGGUGUUCUUUUCUAAAUGUGCACUUUGAAUUGUGCUUUUUAAAAAAAAAAGCAUUUUUGUACAUUAGUCAACAGCGAUGGAGUUUGAAAAACAUGCACGGAAAAGAACACUUUCCCCAUGUGACGUGUGCACUUUUACUGUUCUAAGAUCCUCCCCCCAACCCAAAAAAAAAGCUGGAAAUUAAAAUGAGAACAAGCAUUGAGGAUUUAGGCAAGCUCACAAAACGCUGCUUCUCUCAUCUCUUGCAAUAAGGAAUCUAAAACUGCAAUUGCUAGUAUUCGUCACUAGCUGGCAUCAUUGACCCAAGAGACAGAGCAAUGUGAUCAGCUCUUGGGUCAGAGUGAGAAAUGACCCAGCGGCACCAUUCAACAUGGUGCAGCGGAUGCAUGAUUAGAUUCUUCCUUUAAGUAGUUUGGCACUAUGUCACCAACAUCACUCAUUCUGAGAUACAGAGUUUGUUAAUGGUAUAUAGCAGAGGUAGCCUGACUUGCUCAGUGGAAGAGCCACAUGAGACCCCAAAAUAGGCACCCAUGGGCUGUGAAAUGCAAAAUAAAUAGGAACUGCAUGCAGCUCACCAGCCUCAGUUUGGCCGUCCCUGGUAUAUAGGAUGAGCUAGAAAGUGGAAGCACACCGCUUUUAAUUGAAUAUAUAGGGGGGGUUUAAAAAUAUAGUUUAGUUAAGACAAUUCCUCUCUAUUUGAAUUACAAAUUAAGGAAAUGCAAAAAUUGAUUUAGGCAGUCGCCCUAUACUCAGAAUAAUUUGUUGGGAUUUCUGUGUAGACACAUAAUAGGAUUACACUUUUAAGUAUCACUUAUGAAAAUGGCCUUGUAUUAAAUGAAAGAAGUACAAAACUGCUUUACAUAUCAUUUGUGAGACAAUGUGUACUGACAGAAGCUUCAAAUGGCAGGGAGCCAGUUUCUCCAACCUACCCUCUGUAACCUUUGCUUCUCUCUUCUCCUUUCCCUUGAUUGGAUCCAUGAACUUUGGAGACCUCUUUACUGAUGCCCCAGGGUCUUACCACCAUUCUUGUUUUUCUCCUCCCUUUUCCAAGGUGCCUUAGUUUGGGCAAGGAGCCAGUGGGAGAGGAGCCUUAAACAUUAUUCUAUUGCACUGGAGUGUUUGCUUUUCUACAUUUGGACUAUCUACUUGCACACCCGAUGGAUCAUUGUUGUUUGUGCACGCCCUUAAUCUCUCCCAAGAUUUAACCUGGAGCAUUAGGCUCAUUAAAGGCAUCCUUUGUUGGCUAUGUCCAAAUACUAUGCCACGGGGGACCCAUGAAUAGUUCCCAUAGUGCUGCCCAGCUAAUUUCACCACAUUGUCAGGUCUCCCUGCUUAGUUUGCAUGAAGUCUCUGCUGGAGACUGUCUAUCACUGGUGGAUGCACUUUGUAGCUAUACAACCCUGUCCCUAACUCUGUGUUUGCCCUUCAAGGAUGAAUCAUCCAUGAAGGUCUGGUACCAAAUACUUCUUCACCAUGCCUUCAAACUGCUGCUUACUAUUUUCCCAUAGCGAGAGACUGAGUCCAACUAAAUAGGAAACACCCUUUUCUUCCCCUGCUCCUACCUUUGAAGUCCUGAGUGCCAAACCCCUAUUGCCAGUAGCAGAAUGGGAGGUCCUGUUCCGCCACUUCUUCCCAUGCUUGCAGGUUCUUUCAGAGACUGUUAUCUCACUGGAGGAUCUUAUCCUUAAGCCAUGUCACUAUGAUCCCAGUAAGAUCUUGCACAACCCCAUGUUACCUCAGCAGUGUAGGAAGAAGCUCCUGUUCCACUGGAGCAAUGCAAGUAGCAGCUCGUGGAGGCGACGGAUUUGUCCUUGAUCAGUAUUGAGAGGCACCUUUGUCAUCUAAAUCCAGGUAGGGCUCUGUUCUCCUUUACAGCAGGAGGAGGCCACAGACACUCCCUUGCUAUGGACUGGCAGUAAGAAGUCUUUAGACUGGUGGUUAAGAACCAUUUAAUUAAAAACAAUCUGUUGAGGACAUUCACAUUUUGACCUGACUAUCCCGUUGCCCACUCCCCACUAAGACAAAAGCAAAAGAAAUCCCCAGCCAACCAUCCACUGUUUCUUACCUAUCUGGAUCAGGGUGAGGGCAGUAGGAACAUAGUUACAUUAGAAGUAAAUUUCAUUAACCAAUCAUUUUUACUUCUCCCAGUCUAUCAGGUGGAAUCUGAGAGAAGGGGUGUACAUAUAUCAAACAUUUUCACUGGUAAAUUCACAUCAGCAUUGUCUCUUGAGAAUCCGAUACACAUAAUCUGUGAUAACAGUAGUGCUCUUUACAUCCGUUUUAAUGUUUGUUUUGAAAUGCUUUAACUUACUGUAAUUAUAUAGCACCUUUAUCCUGAAGUGCUUCACAGUAUCAGGUUGGGUAGGGGAGAGAACUAGCAGAACUGAGGUCUCAUACUAAGUUAAGAUCUAUGUUUCAGUUGGUAUCAUGAGGGUGACAGCUGGACUGGCCAGCUGUAGCAUCUUCUCCCUCCCUGCUCAUUGGUCUCAGGAGGUGUUCUCCCCAUUUGUUCUAUCUGCACAUUUUCCCAAAAUAGCAUGAAGAGAUAACAACAGGACGUUUUCCUGAGCCUGAGUCACAGCUUCCCAUCUAGUAGGAAAUUCUUUUUCCUGACAGCUGGAACAUGAAAAAUUAGUUUGGGGGUCAAAAAAACCUAAGAUGGAUAUGGAGCCAGCUUUUAAAGUCUGGCUGCUCUGAGGGGUUGUGAACAUAAGUCACAAAGGAAACUUCAUAAGCAUUUUUUCUCUUGUUAAAGCUUAAAGCCUGUAAAUAAGUUUUGUGCCAUCACUGUGAGCCUUAAGGAAGAUAAAGCACUAAUUUGUUUUGUUUAAAUGUUGCUAUCACAGCUUUAAUCAUUGUAUAUGGCCCAUCAUAUCUUUAGUGAGUGCUAUAUUAAUUGAAGUUUUUAUUGAUAUCUUGCUUUGGUGGAUGAUGUGUGGUUGCUCCCCCCCCCCCCCCCCGCCACCUUUCUGGUUUGUAUUUAUAUUUUGUUUUGGAGUUCUAAUACUCAGGACUCCUCUACUUCUGUUUUGCUUAUCUAGACCUUUAUUCCUAAGAAAUGUACCUAUAUAAAUAAAUAUAUAAGUAUACUACUUUGUAUUCAA